GGCUGUCAGGGAAGGCAGACUGACAGUAUGGCGGCGGGGUACAGCUGGAAGGAUGCUACCGUUGCCAGCGAUGUGGCCGUCGCCGGCAGGACGUAAAUGGACUAUUGACGGUGCCGAAAGAAGAGGAAUCAACGCGAGAGACCCGUCGCCGUGAACGCCCGCCAUGGCCCGGCUCGCCGACUACUUUGUGGUGGUCGGUUACGACCUCGACAAGCGAGUGGAAGGCGAAGGCGAGGGUCAAGGUCGCAUUCUCCAGCGGUUUCCUGAGAAAGACUGGGAGGACAGCCCGUUCCCACAAGGCGUCGAGCUGUUCUGCCAACCCAGCGGUUGGCAGCUGGUCCCCGAGCGUCAACCCGCCUCCUUCUUCGUAGCAGUUUUGACCGACAUUAACUCAGAGCGUCACUACUGCGCCUGCUUCACUUUCUGGGAGGGCCACGACAACCCACAACUGCAGAAGACGCGGGACGUGGACGAGGUGGACGAGGAGCCGACUAUCAUCCAGCCGGCUCAGGUCUUUGCCCCCAAGAGUCUGGUGCUGGUGUCUCGGUUGGACUACACCGAUGUUUUCAGGAACUGCCUGGCCUUGGUCUACACCGUCCACGUAGAAGGCCUGACUGUCCCCUUAGAGACGGUCAUCGGGAAUCUACUCACAUGUAUCAUCCCCAUCGCCGGAGGCUCCCAGAUAAUUGAGUCCCCAGUUUGUAGUUUAGACCAAGUUCCUCAGGUCCUGGCCUGUGACUGGCUGCUGGCCUGUCUCCAGCCAGGCCAGGAGGAGAGAGUGGAGAGUUUGCGGACCAUCACAUUAGGCGCCGGAGACCGGCAAGUUAUCCAGACUCCCAUCGAUGACUCGCUACCCGUCAGCGGCAGCAGCGUGGCCCAGCUGUUCCGGCAGCUCGGGAUCAUCAACGUGCUGUACCUGUUCUGUGCCGCCCUGUCGGAACACAAAAUCCUGUUCCUGUCUAGCAGUUACCAGCGGCUAACAGACGCCUGCCGGGGAUUGCUAGCUAUCAUGUUCCCCCUCAAAUACAGCUUCACAUACGUUCCUAUCCUGCCUGGGAAACUGCUGGAGGUCCUGAGCACUCCCACUCCUUUUAUAAUCGGCGUCAACUCGUUUUUCCGAUCCGAGACGCAAGAACUGUUGGAUGUCAUCAUCGCUGACCUGGACGGUGGCACCGUCACCAUCCCGGAGUGCGUUCACAUCUCCCUGCUCCCCGAGCCGCUCCUCCAGCAGACUCAGACUGCACUCUCCAUGGUUUUGGAUCCUGAAUUGGAAGUUGCUGAUCACGCCUUCCCGCCUCAGUCCUCGCUACCUUCGGCACCUAAGAUCCAGGAUAAGGAGAUCCGGGCAAUCUUCCUGUGGCUGUUUGCUCAGCUUUUCCAGGGUUAUCGCUGGUGUUUACAUAUCAUCCGCAUUCACCCGGAACCAGUUAUUCGCUUCCAUAAGGCGGCCUUCCUCGGCCAACGAGCGCUGACGGAAGACGACUUCCUCAUGAAGGUGUUGGACGGCAUGGCCUUCGCAGGCUUCGUGUCAGAGAGGGGCCCUCCCUACAGAGCAACGGAUUUGUUUGAUGAACUGGUAGCCAAUGAGGUGGAGAGGAUACGACAAGAAGAGACCUCGCCACACAAAGUCAUGAACCAUGUCAAGGAGUUGGCCGAGCAGCUAUUUAAAAAUGAAAACCCCUACCCGGCAGUGACCAUGCACAAAGUCCAGCGGCCGUCGGAAAACGGCCAGAAAGCCAAUCAGAGCCAGAGCCCCUUCCCCGUCCUGGACGAGGUGACGGUACAGCUUUUUAUCGAUCACGCCACUGCCAAGCUCAAGACGGCGCCGCCGGUCGUCAAGGCAGAUGUCAAGAGCAUGGUGCCGUCCGGACCCCCGUUGGGAGACAUGGUGGACCGGAACAGCAACGUGAUGGCCAACAGCGCCCGCCGGCUGGAGGUUGUUCGGAAUUGCAUCACACACAUCUUUGAGAACAAAAUGCUGGAGGCCAAGAAGCUGAUGCCAGCUGUACUUCGAGCUUUGAAGGGUCGGGCAGCUCGAGUGUGUUUGACUCAGGAGCUCAAUCAGCACGUCUUACAGAACCGGGCGGUUCUGGAUGACCAGCAGUUUGACUAUGUCGUCCGAAUGAUGAACUGCACCUUACAGGACUGCUCGCAUAUCGACGAACAUGGCAUUGCAGCGGCUCUCCUGCCAUUGGUCACGGCCUUUUGCAGAAAAUUAGGGGCAGGCAUCACUCAGUUUGCAUACAGCUGCGUACAAGAGCACACGGUGUGGACCAACAUGCAGUUCUGGGAGGCCAUGUUCUACAGCGACGUACAGAACCACAUCAGGGCACUUUACCUGGAGACGGAGGACGGGGAGCAUCAGAACCACAACGAGCAGCAGGAGGGAUCAAGCGGGCGGGAAAUCGGCGCGCUGGAGCUGGCGUCGGAGCAGAGCCGCCUGUGGCCGACGCUCGGGAAGGACAUGCAGGCGGAGCGCGUGCAGAAGGAGGAGAGCACCGUGUUCAGCCAGGCCAUCCACUACGCCAACAGGAUGAGCUACCUGCUGCUGCCGCUGGACACCAGCAAGAACCGCCUGCUCAGGAGCUCGGGGCUCGCCGAGGUGGAGAGCGUCAGCAACAGCUACGUGACCAACAGUAUUGCGGGAAGCAUGGCGGAGAGUUACGACACAGAGAGCGGCUUCGAGGACGCCGAGAGCUCCGACGUGGCCAACUCGGUGGUGCGCUUCAUCAACCGCUUCGUGGACAAAGUCUGCAAUGAGAGCGGCGUGACCAACGAGCACCUGAAGGCUCUCCACACCAUGAUACCGGAUAUCGUUCAGAUGCACAUCGAGACGUUAGACGCGGUCCACCGCGAGAGUAAACGACUGCCGCCGAUCCAAAAGCCCAAGCUGCUGAGGCCGACCCUUUUGACAGGCGAGGAGCUGGUGAUGGACGGCAUGCGCGUUUACCUCAUUCCGGACGGGCGCGAGGAGGCCACCGGCAUGAUGGGAGGCCCGCCCUUGCUCCCCGCGGAGGGGGCCAUCUUCCUCACCACUUACCGGCUCAUCUUCAAGGGCACUCCCACCGACCCGCUGGUGGGCGAGCAGGUGGUGACCCGUUCCUUCCCCAUCGCGUCAUUGACCAAGGAGAAGAGGAUCUCUGUCACUUUACCCAUGGAGCAGUAUGUUCAGGAGGGCUUACAGUUACGAUCGUGCACGUUUCAGUUGCUGAAGAUCGUGUUCGACGAGGAGGUGGCGGCUGACCUGGCGGAGGUUUUCAGGAAGCACAUGCACAAGCUACGCUACCCCCAGCACGUGCAAGGAACGUUCGCCUUCACCGUCGGUCAGAGCAGCAAGCUGGUGGUGGAGCACAAGACCAAGGAUAAGAACCAGUCACUCAGGACAAUUUCCAAAAACCUGGUCAAAAGCGCGAAGCGGACCAUCAACCGGCAGUAUGUGGCGAAGAAGAAGUACUCUCCGCCUACCUGGGAGAACAGGAGCAGCUUACAGUCGGAACUCGACGAGGAUGAAAUAUCAGUCUCGGAGGAGGUGGAGCAGAGCUCCCUGACGCUGUCCUCCACCAUCCGCUCUUCAGACAGACAGACCAUGAGCAACGUGGUGGAGCGAGCGUGUUGCCGUGACUACCAGCGCAUGGGCCUGGGCACGUUGAGCAACAGCUUGACCCGCUCCAAGAACGAGCCCUUCCGGAUCUCAACCGUCAACCGCAUGUACACGGUGUGCAGGAGCUAUCCCGGCCUGCUCAUCGUCCCGCAGAGCAUCCCGGAUUCCACCAUCCAGAGAAUCUGCCGCUGCUACCGGCAGAACCGCUUCCCCGUGGUUUGCUGGCGGAAUUCCCGGACCAAAGCUGUGCUCCUGCGAUCGGCGGGCCUCCACGCAAAAGGGGUGGUGGGCUUUUUUAAAUCGCCCAAUGCCCCAACUUCAGUGCCCUCCCAGGCAGACUCCACUAGUCUGGAGCAGGAGAAAUACCUGCAGGCCAUUAUCAGCUCCAUGCCCUCUUACAGCGAGAGCAGUGGCAGGAACACGCUCAGCGGCUUCACCUCAACCCACAUGAGUGCUUCAGACUCGUCGGAUAAGCUGCGGCAGCCAAAAAUCGGCGCUCUGAUGAAGCAAGUGAUGGGGGCCAAGGAGGACGUGCCCGGAACCUUCAGCAGAGGAGCUCUUGGUCAAAGGGCCAAAGUCAUCUCCCUCUCUCAGCCCAAAAUGUCUGGCAAGGCCAGGAACUCUACCAGAGGGAAAUGGGGGAGCAUCCGAGGCAGCGGGCGUCUCAGCGCCUACAACCCGGACGUGGGGACGCGUCUCGCUGGGAAGGAGUCGCCGCAGCCCAAUGGCGGGCCCAGUGAGGCCUUGUUCCUCCGCCAGCACAGGGCUUACCUCUACAUUAUUGGGGACAAGGCCCAGCUCAAGGGCGGGAAGCAGGACUCCUUCCAGCAGUGGGAGGUGGUGCCCAUUGAGGUGUGCGACGUGCGGCAGGUGAAGAACAGCUUCAAGAAGCUGAUGAAGGCCUGCGUGCCCAGCUCCGCCUCCUCGGACCCCAACACCAAUUUCCUGCGCUGCCUGGAAGAUUCGGAGUGGAUGGCGCUGCUGCACAGGGUGCUGCAGGUGUCCGUCCUGGUGGUGGAGCUGCUGGACACGGGAUCAUCCGUCAUGGUCAGCCUGGAGGACGGCUGGGACGUCACCACCCAGGUGGUGUCGUUGGUGCAGCUGCUGUCCGACCCCUACUACCGGACGUUCGAUGGCUUCCGGCUGCUGGUGGAGAAGGAGUGGCUGUCGUUCGGACACAGGUUCAGCCAGCGCGGCGCGCAGACGCUCGGCAGCCAGAGCAGCGGGUUCACCCCCGUCUUCCUGCAGUUCCUCGACUGUGUGCAUCAAAUCCACCUACAGUUCCCCAUGGAAUUUGAGUUCAGCCAGUACUACCUGAAGUUCCUGGCCUAUCACUAUGUGUCCAACCGUUUCCGCACCUUCCUGCUCGACUCGGACUACGAGCGCAUUGAACUCGGAGUCCUCUAUGAGGAAAAAGGUGAGAGGAGAAGUCCUCAGGUUUGCAAGUCCGUGUGGGACUACAUCGACCGGCUUAACAAGAAGACGCCGGUCUUUUUCAACUACAUGUUCGCCCCAGAGGACGAUGAGGUGCUCCGGCCAUACACUUUCAUCUCCAACCUGAAAGUGUGGGACUACUACACGGAGGAGACGCUCUCGGAGGGGCCGUCGUACGAUUGGGAGCUGCGGGGACGCCAGGAUCGGGCGGCGGCGGAAGAGACGCCCGACAAGCCCGACAGCGGCGCGCCCAAGUCGCGGCGGCGCGCCGUCUGGCCGUGCUUUGACAGCCUGAGCAAAACGUUGCCUGACGCCAUCACCAAGCUGCUGCAGGAACUGCAGACGCUGGAGGGGGAGCUCGGCCAGGCGUCUGAAAAGUGGAAGGACACGUGGGAUAAGAUCAAGGCCGCUCAGAGGAACGAGGCCAAACUGGAGAGCAAGCCGUCGUUCUCCAGCUCGCUGCUCAUGUCCUCCAACCUGAGCCACCAGCGGCGUUCCCAGGGCGUCUACCUGCAGGAGAGCGGCGUGGGCUCCUCCAUCAACUUGGGCCUGGACUGCGAGGUGAGCGCCACCUCCACUCCGGUGGCGGGCCGCCCAAGCACCAGCACGCUCUACAGCCAGUUCCAGAGUACCGAGAGCGAGAACAGAAGUUUCGAAGGCAUUUUGUUCAAGAAAGGCGCUCUACUGAAACCAUGGAAACCACGAUGGUUUGUGCUGGACAAGACAAAACAUCAGCUGCGGUAUUACGAGAGCAGGCAGGACAAAGUGUGCAAAGGCGUCAUUGAGUUGGCCGACGUGGAGUCCAUCCUUCUGGGGACGCCCACCAUGGGAUCGCCCAAAAACAUUGAGGAGAAAGCCUUCUUCGAUCUCAAGACCACCAAACGAGUGUACAACUUUUGCGCCCAGGAUAGCCUCAAGGCUCAGCUGUGGAUGGACAGUGUUCAGAGCUGCCUCUCGGACGCCUAGACGGGAGACGGCCCGCACUCUUGAACUGCAAUAUCUCAGUGUUUUUAGUAGAAAAGAAGAAAACAGGGGUGGGAGGAGGAAAAAAAAAAAAAAAAAAGCGGCUGCGGUCCGACCACACGGAAUCAUUCCACGUCUUGUGCGACGCGUCCGGCAUGAAGAUUUCAUCCCGACUCUCCUUCUUACUAACCCUAGCCACCCUCCCCUUGUUCCAGAUUUAACUUUGUAAAAAAACUCAAGGGGGGAAUGACGGAGAAGCUGCCGGAUCUCAAUUUGGGACCACCAGUGACGGUUCAUGAAGGAUUUUUAGUCUAUUUUUUUGUUGUUGUCUCUGCCACCACAAUCUCAAGAAAGAUAUACUGUGAAAGCCCAUCAGAAUCUCCUCUGCAAGUGUUUACAAAGUGGACAAAAGCUCCCUUCCCUUGACACUAACCACUAUAAACAAACGUGUUAAGGGACAUAGAAGGAAAAAACAAAACAAAGACGUGAUCCUACGGGAUGAAAAAGCUGCAUUAUGGAACUUAUUUUGACCGAAACUCCAGAACUCCCACAAAAAUGCGACACCCUGAAGGCAACACAGGCAAAAAUGAAUGGAUUUGAUUGGGUGGUCUAUCACAUCUCUCAUAGUAAUUAUUAAAAUGAUUUGAGCUACUCCUCAGGAUGUGGACUGUGCAGUGGCCUCGUUCCAAGAUUCUGGGUUCGAAUCCGGGCUUCUUGUGUUGAGUGCAUGUACUUCUCCUUCCUCCCACAAACAUGCACAUAAGGUCAAUUGAAGACUCUAAAACGCCCCGAGAUGUGUGUGUGUACUUAUUUGUCCCGACAUCACACCCCAAAGUCUGUUGGCAUAAGCUCAAGAAGCCACUGAAAAUAGUUGGAUCGGUGUAGAGAUGAAAAUGGAGAGGACCUAGUAUGGAACCUUGUGGAACCUUCAGCAAAAGAUCAAAUAGUGUGGUUUAGAAGCCCUUAUUUGUGAAUUGAACUCAAAUUUCCCCAAAAUGUUUUUAAAUCAGAUCGAGCAAAAAUUUAACGUCAUUGUUGUUAUCACUCAGAUUAGUCGGAGCUAUUCCUCAGGAUGAAGGCAGCACGGUGGCCCCAAGUUUCUGGGUUCGAAUCUGGACUUACUGUGUGAGGUCAUCAACUUCAUAUUGUCCUUAAACGUGACUUGGAGUGGUCAUUUGUCUAUCACCAUUGACUGGUGACCAGUCCAGGAUGUCCCCUGAAUAAUGAAUGAAUGAAUUAAGUAUAAAUAGAACUAUUCAUCAGAAUAGUAAGUCUACAAUUCCCCUUGUAGGGAUGCAUUGAAGUCCCAUAAAUGUAUGUCACAUGACCGUAAUCCCUCAAACGCAUCACCGUUCACCCUUUGCACGCACAUUGUUAAAAUUUCUUCCCCCACUAUGUAAAAUAUCCUGCUGUUUGUUGAACAUAACUUUUGUUUAUUUUUUAAAUUGUAGAUUUUUCUUUUUGAGAGGGACCUUUCACCCCUUUUCUGUAUAUACUACCCCAGAUUGUAUGUAACGUUUAUAGUAGUAAUUUAUUUAACUUUUCCCUUUACAAAAGUUCCUCAAAUACCACUUUUAAAAUCUAGGAAUUCAAUGUGCCAUUGGUUUAUUUCUGUAUUAAUGUGACUAAUGCUUUUUUUUUUGUACCGUGCAAGUAAAUCCCCUUUUUUUUUUUUUUUUUUUUAAACACAGUUGUCCUUAUUCAGUUUCUACCAUUCACACAAGAGUGGAAAUGUGUGUUGUGAAAUCCAGUGGGCUACUUUUUUUUUUUAAUGGCUGAUUGGAUCAAACCGUUGCUAGAAUGCAGUUGAAAUAAAUGUCUGACACAUGAAG